AUGUCGCUUUUCCCUGAAGAACCUAAACUGGACCCAGAAACCACCCGUAUUGUUGUUGUUGGAUGCGGUGUGUUUGGGCUUUCCACUAUUCUUGCAUUGACCAAUAAGGGAUAUAGAGAGAUUAUUGGCUUGGAUGUGUCGAAAGUUCCUUCUCCUAGAUCGGCUGCCACUGAUUACAACAAAAUGCUUCGUGUAGAGUAUGCCAAUAUUCUGUAUGCCAAAUUAUCGGUGGAAGCAUUAAGAUCGUGGGAAAACGAUCCCCUUUUCAAACCCUACUAUAAAAAAGUAGGCAGAUUGGUUCUUUCCCCGUAUAAGGAAGAGAAUAAGGCACGUCUCAUUUAUGACAAAAUCGGUGCCGAGAACGUCAAGAAACUUGGGGUUGACCAAAGAAUCGUCGAAUUGAGAUCCUCCUCGGAAAUAGGUAGAUUGAUACCCGGGUUUAAAGAUAACCAAUUAUCUAACCCAUUAGUUGCCAGAUACAAAAUCGAUUCCGCAUUAGGGGAAUCCGGAAAAUCCUUAGCGGGAGUUUAUCACGAAUGUGCUAAGAGAGGUGUCAAAUUCAUUUUUGGAGACGGCGGUCACGCCAUUAAAAUUGAAGAAGGAAAGGUGAUUGCUAAGAAUGGAGAUGUCUACUUGGCGGACAAGAUCAUAGUUUCCUCAGGCGCCAACACUUCUGCCUUGGUUGAUUUGAAUGCCAGUGUGACAGCCGUGGGUCAUUUCGUCUCUCAUGUUCAAUUGAACGAUGCACAAUACGACAAGUAUAAGAAAAUUCCGAUUUUUUUCAGCUCCGAAUAUGGAUACUUCUUCCCUCCUGAUCCCAAGGAUCAUGUCAUCAAGAUUGGCCAUACAUUUGCCGAUGCUAGAAACUUUAUUAAGAAUCCAUUUAAUAAGGCUCAGACUACAUCUAUUCCGUCAUACAUUCACGACGCACCCACUAUUGUGGAGGAAGCCACAAAAAGAUUAAUGAACUUGGUGAUACCAGAAUUGGCUUACAAUCCAGUGGUUAACUGUACGAUAGGUUGGACAAGUCUUUCUUAUGACGAGAAUUUCAUAAUCGAUUAUGCAACCCAGUCGAAAUCAAUUAUUAUGUGCACAGGGGACUCUGCCCAUGGGUACAAAUUCCUUCCAAACAUUGGGAAAUACAUAGUCAAACGGAUGGAGGGUACUCUUGAUCAUGAGCAUGCGUCGGCCUGGAGAUUUAGGCAAGCCACAUGGUCAGCAAUGACAGUGUCCGAACGUACAGAGAGAACCUCAUAUGAUGUUAGAAACGUUCGUCAUUGGAUCAGAGGUCAACCGGAGCCACUACCUGCCUCUGCAAAACUAUAG